AUGAAGAAGCAAUUCGGUAUCACAAGGAAAGCAAUGCGGUUGGGGAAGAAUAUCGAGCACUUCAAAUUGGCUGCAACGGCUAUGGAUACAAAGGGCAUGGAUCCUGUGCUGAGGUAUUGUGCCGUGGGGAGGCAGCUAGGGUAUGCGGCUUAUUUGAGCUUGGAUGCUCUGACAUAUUUGGACGCUACGGGCAUCAGGCCAAUGGAAAGCGCAAAGAGAUUGCAAAGAGAGGCGUACAAGGCAUGGUUCGCGGGCCUGAUGUUCAAUACCAUCGCCGGAUUCUAUACGCUAUGGCGGUUGAAAGAACGGGAGAGCAAGAUUGACAAGAAUGAAGGAGAGGGCGUGGUGGAGGGAAAGAAGAUUGUCAAGGAGCGCAACGUCACCAACUUGCAGCUCAUCUCGGAUCUAUGUGAUCUGACCAUACCGAGUGCUGCUGUGGGCUAUGUCAACUUCGAUGAUGGCUUCGUGGGUCUCGCAGGGACGGUGAGUAGUUUGAUCGGGGUGUGGUCGGCUUGGAAGAAGACUGCUUGA